GUGAAUUUUCGAGAAUCACCUGUGUUUUUCCUAUGCUGCGUUCCAAACAGGUCCUAAGCUUUGCCAGUGACAUUAGAAGGCUUUAACUUCGAGCCCACUCUAAUGCUAGGCCCAAUGACUACUAUUGCUCUCCGUUCACAGAUCUAAUCCGGCCUAUACUAAAAAAUAAUAAUCUAACCUUCCGCACUCCUCGCCCAUGGCCGCCGCCGCCGCCGCCGCCACGACGUCGUCGUGGCUUCUCUGGAGACCCUUCUCUUCCACUAUCUUCACACGGUGCACUAACCCUAGGUUCCUCCGUACCACCCUAUGCUUCUCGCACUCUGCCUCCGCCCCCGCCCUCGGCGCCGCCUCUCUACAGCCAACCCCGCCUCCUGCUCCUCCUACAACCUGCUCCAGCGAUGGAGGUGGCGGGAUGAGGUGGGAGUCUACGCGCAAGAAGAGGGUCGUGCUCCGCGUCGGCUACGUCGGCAGCGAGUACCGAGGUCUUCAGAAGCAGCGAGAUCUCAGCGCGGAUUCAACCAUUGAGUCAGUUUUGGAAUCUGCCAUCUUCAAGGCAGGGGGCAUUCUUGAGAGUAAUUAUGGAAAGUUGCAAAAAGUUGGUUGGGAAAGGAGCAGCCGAACUGAUAAAGGGGUACAUUCACUGGCUACAAUGAUCUCUCUUAAGAUGGAAAUCCCUGAUCGAGCAUGGGAGAAGGAUCCUGAUGGCAUUGCUCUUGCGAACUUUAUUAACUCAAAUUUACCAGAUAAUAUCAAAGUUUUCAGUAUCUUGCCUGCUCAAAGGAGUUUUGAUGUAAGAAGGGAAUGCUUGUACCGGGAGUACUUCUAUCUUCUGCCUGCUGAAAUAAUUGGAAUUAAAAGCAGUUGUAGCUCUGGAGAAGUGGAGGAGCACUUAAUUGAAUUCAAUAACAUACUGAAAUGUUUUGAGGGAAACCACCCAUUUCAUAAUUACACUGCUCGUGCGAAGUAUAGAAAAGUUCUAGCUGGAGCACACCGAAGGGCCAAAGAAACAAGCACAACAGCGCAUUCCAUCCCCUCCGAAAUGGUUGCGGACAAAAGCACUUCUGGAGAUGGAACCACUUCUGAUAUAGAUGAGGAAUACUUAAACUCUCCAUCAAUACUUGAUUCUAGUGCACCAGAAGAUAAUUGUAAUAUGGAUAAUCCUGAACUUCCUGAGAGUCAUGUGCAAAUUCAAGCUAGAUGGCUCCAUGAGCCUAAUGACAAUGACAGACUAAGUGCAUCACACUUCAGAGAUAUCCUCACCUGCUCAUGUGGAGAGUUGCGGAGUUCAUCAGGAGUUCAAUUUGUGGAACUGAUGAUAUGUGGAGCAUCUUUUAUGCUACAUCAGAUCCGGAAAAUGGUUGGUACCGCGGUGGCAGUGAAGCGUGGAUUACUACCCAAAGAUAUUAUAGAACUUUCGCUUGCAAAGUUUUCUCGCAUCGUUUUACCAAUCGCCCCAUCCGAAGUUCUGAUCCUCAGAGAUAACAGUUUCUGCACAAGGAACAAGUACGGGAGUAUUGUUCGGCCUGGCAUCCAGUCAAUUAAUGAAUCUGAAGAAAUCAAGAAGGGUGUAAUGGAAUUCUACAAGGCGGCUCUUGUGCCUGAGCUAGCAAAAUUCCUGGAUGCAUCCCUUCCUCCGUGGCAAGAAUGGGUGGAGAACUUGGACCACUUCACCAGCAUACCAGAUCCUCAGCUGGAUGAAGUUAGGACAGCUUAUAGAGCAUGGAAAGACGAUUACGACCGGGUAAAAAUGGCUCGAAAGAAUACUGGCAGUGGCUAAUUUGUCUUUAUCAAGCUGAUGACGAAGUGGAUGAGGAACCAAACCACACACCCUUAAGUAAUGUUUUUCUCAGGCAAUCCUCCAUACAGGAGCAAUACUUUUUUGGGAGGCAAUGCCGUUUAUCUAACACUGUGAGAGCCUGAGCCAUUCAUUGACCAGACUAGGAAAACCUGCAGACUGUAAGUGUUGAAUUUUUUGCUCCCCUUUCAUCAAACUUGCCAAAAGUAUUUUGAUGCAAUAUCAAGGAUUGGAUUUGAUUUGAUUGA